GCUGUUCAGUGACAAACUGGCAAUGAUGGAUGAUAACAGUGUGGCUGCAAGGCAACAAUGCCGUCUACGGCUUCUCUCGCCGUACCCUUCACAGAACAUUUCCUUCGAAGACGCUAAACAUGCCGAAGAUUUCCAGCAAGAACGCAACGUUCUCCGUUCACAUCUGUGUCCAACGGCCUUCUAUGGAAGUCUCUCUUCACCGUCCGUGCAUCGCUGCGCCGCAUGCAACUCGGCGCGGAAUUGGCAACGUGUGCAUGUCCCUUGGGAUGGAAUAUCUCCCAGGCAGUUGCGCAAAUGCUCGGUGCACACGAGAUGAGAAACGAGCUAAUUUUAAUGACUAUUUUCGUUCCGUUUUCUCAGGGAUACUUGAAUAAUGUGCGCGAACUCCUCACAGGCUUCUCUUUCACACUGCGAGGAGGUCGGCGCUCGUAGCGGUUUCCCAACCCGUAGAGUCUCGGACUGAUCGUGCAAAAUCGCUUGUUGAAUUAUUUUAUUUAGCGGAACGUAGUGUGCGCAUUUCGGUUGUUGGAGCGUGGCUCUUUAGUGUUGUCCCGCCGUGUGUCUGUACCCGUUUCCGAUGCGUGUUACGUCGGCAGCAAGGCUUUCUGCCGCGGACCCUCCGUGAAAAGGGUCUCCGGGUCUGUCGGAGUCUCGAGCUUCCGCAUCUCUCGUUGUCCUGCUAGCUCAGUUUUUCAAAAAUCCUGAAUGCUGGCUUAGCUCCUGUGUGACCCGAUGAGUCUGUGUGCGUGUCCAGUCUCGGGGCGUCCACACCCCUCUACGUUGCUCAGGCAGUUUGCUGAUCCUCGAGGCCGUGCACUGUCCUGUUUCGCCGUCGCCGAAACGCAGGGUCUCAUCGCAGUGUGCACCGAACCUUAUGACCGACAAACUCAGCGAUUGCUCAGCAAAGCGUACUGGCGGACUCCGGCAGAGUCUACCCCGAGCUGCUGCCUUCCAGGAGACAUCUCUGGAGGGUUUCCCGUGAGCGGCGGCGGCACCGAGCAGCUGGUACCAGUCGAGAAUGGAACUCCACCAGCCUCUUUGUUGGGUGUGUCUGGCAAGCGGGGCACUUUUAAGCUGUCCGCCCUGACCGGGAUUCCGGCGAAACAGCCGGGAAAACCGCUUAAUGCCACGCAAGGAAUUCCCGACCCGGCCUCGCGAGUCGACUGCCAGCCUGCGUUGGCGAGUCACGGUCGAGACGCUGUCUCCGGAGAAGAAAAAACUCUUGCAGAGAUCCUAGAAGUGCAGCGCCAGCACAAUAGAUGCUUCGACGACCCUGAUCGGUGUGGUCGUUGCAUCAUUUUCCUCGACAGCCGCUCGCUGCUUCCGUUGAGAGAAGUUGUGAUUGGCGACAUGCCUGACAGCUGCGUGAACAAUUUGAUUUGUUGCUGCUGUUGCGGGGGUUGCGAUGCGGGCCUGUGUCGCCUCUGCUGCUCGCCGCUCUACUCGGAAACUUCACGGAGAAACUCUAUUUCUGCGACCAGUCAGGAGGCGCCAGAGUAUUGUAGUGUGAACUGCCCGGAAACUGAUCAGGCGAAUUUCCCCGGCCCACAUCAUCGUUCGCGUAGAAAUCUCUCGACUUUUCCGGGAGCUUCGCAGGAAGUUGAUCGCGACCAGUCGCCUUCCGCGCCGCCGCUGCGAAGGAGUGAAGCCGCCUGCACCCCUCAGGAUAAAUCCGCAGCGGAGACUCGGGAAACCCCUCUGUUUUUCGGUCGAGGUGACGGGCCAGACUUUUUUCAUUGCACCUCCCUCUCUUUCGCAUGCAAAGAUCAACUCGUUUGCGCCGUGUCCCCUUUCGCCGGCGUCAAAGUCCUCCAACUCGGCGAACUGCCUGUGUUUGCCCAAGACUGUCGCGUCGAUGGCUCGACGGCGUGUGGAGAUCCCGGGUGUACAUACACUCGGUCCGCAGCUCAGGCUCCCGAGAACGGGGGCGCUUUUCCAGCGCUCGUGUCCUUCGACAUCGAGGGUCGGUUCCCUCGCCUUCUCGCCCACCUCGAGUUCGUCCCGAGUUUCGCUUCAGUGCCUGCAUGCCUCGAAGAAUUCCACCUGCUCGACGCGGGCGUCUUAGAGACCAGGGAGCAGCAAGAAGCUCUGAUCAGUCGGCUGUGGACCCUCGACAGCUGGCCGGGUCCUUCGUGCUGUGGCUCCGCAGGCGCCGGAGAGCGCCUCGAGCACAGUACGACUUCUGAGGUUUCCUCGCGCUUUCUCGGGCCCUGUAUGUUUCUCGACUUUCUAGUCCACUUUCGCGGCCAAGCACCAGUGCGUCUGGUUGUGGAUGUGACUCGAAGAAAUCGCGUGCUUCGCUGCGUGAGUCUCUUGCCCCGCAACCUGCUUCUUCUCUGUUGCGUGCCUUCACGUGAAGAGCCUGCCUCGCUCGCGACCCCUCUCGAGGCCCAGGAGAGCGGCGAGGGAGAAAGCAACAGAAGCGGAAACGUAGCGCUCCGCGGCGAGAGCCUGUCUUCCCUCUCGCUGGAUCCAAGCGCGCAUGCGUGCGUACCGGCGUCUCCGCACUGCGCAGAAACCUCGUCGCCCCGGGACUCGGGGGUCGCUUCCCUGCCAGCGGUGUCCUGCCUCUCUGGUUCCCCGUCCCUGCCGUCUGCUUCUGCAUGCUCGCCUACUGCUUCUCCGGCUUCCUCGCCUUCUGCUUCAGCCUCGCUGCAGGUCUUCCCUUGUCCCUUGCCGCUGAAGAAGAGGCGCAGCGUACCUCACAAAGGGGGACAGGUUUCCGAAGCGAACGAAGGUGAGCUCGCGGCCACUCCUGCGCAUGCAGUCUUUCCUUGUGCAGGUUCGUUUCUGCCGGCGAAGAAGGCAGGAGAGGCCAGAGGCGAGCGGCGCGUGCAUUCGGGCUUCGCUCCAUCGCCUUCCUCUGUCAAAAGCAGCGGCUCGCAGCCUGCAACCGCGACGCAUGCAGUCACUGCCCGAGACUUCGAAGAGGGAACCUGGAAAGUGAAGGAAGGCGUGCGCUUCCCUCUCACCGUCUUCAAAAAGAAAGAAGACUUCCGUCUUAGACUGACUGCCGGCAUCCAUGUUACAGAACAUGCCCCUGUCAGAGAUGCCACAAACUCUGGAACCCAUGCCCCCAAUUUUUCAUCUACUGCUUCCUCAUUUCCCUUCGCUUCACCGUCUGGUGUCGGGAGCUCUGGAGGACAAGAAACCGACGAGGGGACGGCCGCGAGGGGAACGGAUUACAGCACAACGGCUGCAUUUGUUCCAGAGAAAUCGUUCAGUCACUUGGAGGCGGACUUUCCCGUGCAUGCAUUUCAGCAGCUGCUCCUUUCUCAAAAACACACCGGGAAGGCGAAGGUGGGGGAAACAACGGGAGAUAAAAAGGUGAGCCUCCUCCCGCUCGCUCGCUCCCCAGACGGUGUACCUACACUGGCCGAUGUCGAGCCAGGUGUAUGCGCACCUGGGAGGGCGGAGCAUCUAAGGGGGCCCCGCCAGGCUGUCGUCUCCUGCUCGCCGCACGUCGCGGGAGAAGGCGGCGCUGCGAGCGAUGACAGCUCUGAAGAGGCGUCUUGUGAAGACGAGUCUGGGGACGAGAGAGAGGGCGAAGGCCAUCCGGAGGAAGAGUGGCUUGUCGCUCUCGCGCUCCCUAACGCUCUCGUCGUCGUCGUCGAUCUGCACCACAGAGUCGUGGCGAGGCACAAAUUCGGUCUGUCGAAGUCGGCGCCCUUCGACCGCCUGACGUCCCAACGGGAAGGCCGCUUUCUUCUGGCGUGGAAGGAGCGGUUUUGUUCUGUGUUGGAACUCAUCGACGAGUUGGAGGGGUCGCCGCUGAACCGCCACGGAGAUGGCUCUAGACAUGGAAGGUCGUCCUUCUUCUCCUCGCCUUUCUACGCGCCCUCCGGGAGUCUCUGGAGAAGGUUCUGGAAACAGAGACCGCCCAAGUCUCCUCCCGCCGCCCUCAGUCCCACGGCUGCGGUCUCCGCGCUUUCCAAGGAGACGAUGAACGAGCAGAUAAGCACCCUUCUUCCAGACACUCUUGCUUCAGACACUCUUGGCAGAGGCUCUGCGGGCUUCUCCUCCACUCAUUCCGUGUCGCCUGCGGUGCGCCCACCGCUCCGGCUGCGACUGCAUCUGGAGCUUCCAGUCGGGGCGCGGUUCGGCCACAGCGGAAGCAAAGUGGAGAGAUUUGUCACUUUUGCUUUUUCGCAAGAUCCCUUUCUGAGCUGGCUAGUCGUCGUGUCGCGGCGCGGCGUGAACGAACAUCUGAUGUACCUCAUCGAUCUCCAGGCUCAAGAACAGCGAGGCGGCUGUCUCGGUCCUGAACUUUUCCUCGACACAGCGAUGCUUCCCGUCCCUUCCCAGGCAAGUUCCGUUUGUUUCUCUAGGCUUAUGGAAUGGCUGCCGUUGACGGCCUCGGAUCUCUUGGUAUUGCCGAGUCACCGUCGCUUCCUCGCCGUGUUGACAGACUCUAGUGCCCCGCAUCAGGAGGAGGCAUUUGUUGCGCCGUACGUACACUUCAGUCGGCUGUCGAGCAACCGCGAGCAUCUCUGUCGCGUGAUGGACUUCGACCGCGGCAGCACAGACGGCAGUUGCUCUGGAAACUCUGAGGAAAGCUCUGAGGAAAGGUCUGAGGAAGGAGGAAGUGACGAUGAAAGCGAGGCGGCGUUCGCCUUCUCGCCCUUCGCUCUGCCCUCUGGGUGGAGGCGGCGGAGACUGGGCGACCGAAUGGGGAGGCAAGGAAAACUUACUUUUUCCGCUUCGGGAGGAAACGAAGAGACGCACGAGUCCUCGGCGAUGAGAGGCCAAGUUUACUUAGCCGAGACACACAGUAAAGCAAGCAGAAAAAAGGCGUACCGGCGACUGCGGGAGAGACAGCGGAGAUGCCUAGAAGCCGCAGGCCUCGACCCCCGACUGCACGCAAACCUGGAAGAAAAAUUGUUCUACCAACCUCUCGAGGUGCUCCGGAACCUCCAACAAGCUCCAGCCAACUGCUGGGCCACUCCCGAAGACAUCGAACGCUGGAAGGAAGAAGAAAGAGAAGAAGAGACAGAAGGAGGGAGAGAACGGCAGAAAGAAGGAGACGAAAGAAAAGAACGCGGAGGAGGUGAAAGUGCGGCGGACGUGGAGCUGAGGGACACAGAAUUCCUUCGCGCUGGGCCGACGCACGAGCCACCACCAGCUUCUUCCUGUCGCUCUGAGGCCUGUUCCUUCUCUCGCUUUUGUGCGAGGUUCGGAGGCUAUGAGACAUCGACUUGUGCAAAUCGCAAGAAGAUUCUCGGUCACCUGUACGCUUCGUACCGCCGGAACGCUGGACCUCCGCGGUCUCUGUCCUCUCAAUCGAACAACUUGAGUGUUCACUCUGUGUCGACAGCGGAGGCAGCAAACGCAGCAGCCACCGUGGCGUUUCGACAAGCGAUGCUUCUGUUCAACAACGACCACUGCCAGCCGGUGUACUGGCUAGCUGGGCGCUUCGGGCCUUCUGGGUCCGAUACUACGACAUCUGUUGAGUCUGUGGCGCGAGCUGUGGAGUCUUACCACAAGCGAGGCGAGAUCUGCCACCGGUCUUCUCCGCAGCGGCUGCCUUCUUCACGAGCGUCCCUCUGUGACUUCCAGGGAGAGAGGGAAGAGCCGGUCGCUUCGAAGGAACGCGGUCCUUUGCUUCCCUUCGGUUCCAGGCCGCUCGUCGGAGGACUGAGGAAUUGCUUGAGCGUCGGAGACGCCAUUGGGGCCUGGCACAUGGUCAACGUUUCCCUGCAGUCCGCCGCGGCGGGGCAGGGGGAAGAACUACGACAACUGUGGAGGAGAAAGGAGAGAGGAGCGGGGAAGACAAGGAGAUCUACAGGCGGGGGCGAUGAGACAGAGCGGGAGACAGAGAGAGAGCGCAAAGGCCAGGAGACAGCCGCUGGCUCUCAGUGGCUUUAUGCACCGACGCUAGAGGUGGAGGGAGGAAGCCUGGGAGCGAGUCGGGGCAUCUGCUACUCCGUCACGACUUCGAAGAAGAGUGAAACGGAAGAGAUGCCGAGACACGUGGAUCGUGAGAGGACGAGCGCAAGUUACCUGGAGGCAGAAAAGGAGAACGGAAGCUGGGAGUUACGUUCGGAGGCAAAGGGCUUGAAAGGUUUAGUGGGGGAGGCCGGCGCACCCGUGAAAAAGUCAAAAAUGACUUAUGCGAUGAAAUUCCCUCGCGUAGCAGGCCGCCUAGCUCACGCUCUUGAGAAACUCGACAGAGAGAACAGGGAGACAGCUGUGGAGCACAGGACGAAGAGACAGGGAUUACCGGAUGUUUCCUUGUCACCGCGUGUCUGCUCACCGGAUGUAACGGGUGAAAGUGCCACUGCAGCUCGCUGUGUUUACAGUGCACGAUCUGCGUUGAGUGAUGAGGAAAAGGUGACAGGGGAAGUUGAAAGCCACAGAAAGGGAGAAUCCUCGGUAUCUGAUAAAUCGGCGUCGGAAGGACUCGCAGCGAGUGAAACGAGAGACCCCAGAGAGGCAAGACAACGCGAUUUGAAAUGCGAACGAGACACGCUUUGGGGGAAAGAGGAGAAGGGUAGAGUCGCCAGUUUGACAGAGAGGGUCGGUGAAAACGAUCUCGCUCAACACACAAUGAGAGGUGGCCUCGCGGACCGGGGGAAAAUAGAACUCGAUAACUGCGCUGCCGAAGACGACCAAAAAGCGUUGAUGAAAAGGCUGCUGUUGAUACGAAACUCGGUUUCGUUUGAUGCCUUCGCUCCUCCUCUCAGACAUCGACGGCGGGAGCUGCCUUCGAAUGUCACUGCGGCGGACCUGCACGGUUCUGGGGGGGCGACGGGGGAAACGGAGCUUUUCAGCGAGCAUGAAAAGCCUGGAAAUGAAGCGGAAUGCGGCGACGGAGGCGGCAUCCCCGAGAGAGAAUUGCGGAAAAAAGAGCUAACCCAGGAAGACGUCGCGAAGGAACGCUUGAGAGGAGCAGAACCUGCACUCCUGGGCGGGAAAAAGUAUCCAAACAUCUGGAGAAUUGCGAUUUUUUCGCCUGAGUGAGGUGCAGGGACACUCGAGCCUGCCAUCGAACGAGGCAGAGCAGGAACAUUUGAACUUUUUAUUGUACGAGUUUUUGCGCGGCUCAAGAAGUGUACCCGCACAGAUCUUCACAUUCGACAGCAAAACCAGUGGACACACAUCUUGUACGGAACCUGGAAAUCGGCAGGCAAUUGCGGCUGCGAGUCGCGUGGCAAGAAACUGCGACGUUUCACAGGCGACGAAUCGUGACAACAGAACAGGGUGGUGGAAUCUCCAGGAAGCGGCUUGGAGUCAUACUCACUAUUUCACGUACUACAGUGUGUCUAUUUAGUCUUCAUUUCAGUCAUACGAGCGUGAACACACAAUAUCACCGAAUAUAAGGGUAGAAGAGCUAAUCAGUGUUUGCUAGUAAAAAAAUUCCAUGAGGUUCGCCUUCAUACAGUUGGAGGGCGAUGAGCUUUCUACUGCAUAUAGAGGCUGUAGUAGACUGACUGCGGAUUGACCAUUGAAGCAGCAACCUGAUUAAGGUCAGCUUGCAGAAGACGGACAAAUGUCGCAUUCACUCCUGAGUGGAAAUAGAUUCAGAUGACAGGGAAGGCAUUUCAACGACACAAACGCAAGGUAUUCUUGCUUCUAGAAAGCUCCGGAGGAACAUUCGAUCGCUUGUCGUCGGAUUCAAUGCCACGGCAUCCUUCUGAGAGCAGCGGAUGAUUGGCACCCGAGUGCUGGGCAAGAACUGCUCAAAAUGACUUUUUUCCGUGUGGGCAUUUCAGUCAGCGUUGCGGACGCGUUGUCCGCUGCCAAACAGCUUUCCAGACACUCUUUGCAGCACGUUCGAUUCAGUUGUCCGGAGACCUUCUUUAAAGUACUUUCACUGAGUAAAAGUCUUUGCUCGCAGCAAACGGAAACUGAUCUUUGGCUUCGAUGGUUGCCAUGGCGGUGAAGCCUGAAAGGAUGAUGCUGUCAAUUGAGAUGUCCCCUUGUCGAUGCAAAAAGUGAGACAGACCUAGGUCGACAGGCCCGAGUCUGGAUGGUGCCGUAGCGUGUUCCCCGUCUGGCAUAUGUUAGCAUAUGCUAGCAUUAAACAGUUUCCUGUGUAAAGCUUGAAUGUAAAAUCUUCAACACGCCUUUUACCUACGACAAUACAAACGUGGCAAACCACCAGGCCAACCCGUAAAAACACAUCCACCGGCAUGUAGUGCACGGUAAUUCUUUUUGAGGAUUGGAUUCAUGGUGACACCUCCACGUACAGUUGCCACACUACUACCGGGUUUUUCACUGUACUUCAUAGUCCGGACGUCGAUCCGCACCGGACCUACGAAUCAUAAUGAGGGCAAAAGCUGAACUCACGCUGCUACCGUCCAGUGACAACUGUCCCGAAACCUACUGGACGCAAGAAGUGAAUUCAAAACUCCGUACGGUGGACUCCUCGGGAGACGCACGUGUUCAUGGCCAGACUUCCGUAUUCGUGAGACUGGGAACACAAGAAUCCAACAACUAACUAGAAACAAAACAGUGGAUACCGGAGUGUCACCAUUGUGUCUGACACCACGGCCCGUUGGGGUAUGGUCAACGCUAACAGAAGAGUUCAGAAACUCCACAGACCUCAAGAGCCACUACACUUCAAUGUGCUUUAUAAACCAGUGGAGCUGAAAAAC